AUCAAAGAGAUAAUUUGGGUUCGACCCCAAAUCCUAAAGACGACUUUCGUAUGCAUCCACCGUAACUGGCAAAUUCCUUCUAAAAUGUCGAGGGAAAACAGUUCUCAACAGAGAGAGAGUGAUGCAAUAGCCAUUGAAACCACAGACUCGUCUACUGGGAACAGAAAACCACUGAGGAAGAGUGAUGCCAUAGUCAUUGAAACCUCUAGCUCGUCUUCUGGGAACAGAAAUGUUUUUAAACCACUGAGACCUAAGUUUUGGAGAACAAGAAUAUGUGGUUACUGGGAGAGAGGUCAAUGCCCCAAUGGAGCCAAAUGCUGGUAUGCUCAUGGCCAGUCAGAAUUGCAGCCGCACAAUGCUAGUUCUGCGGCAGAUACCAGGCUGAAUUCCCCUCCUGUUGCUGAUUCCUUCAGAAGUAAUGCUGUUGCUACUCGUCCAAUUCCAGCACAGCGUCGCUUUGUUCCUGUAAUCCGUUCAUCCAAAACUAGUGCUACUACGGUGACUGGUGUUCGUUCAAGGAACUUUUUUCCUGUGUCAGCUGGAGUUCGGCCAAGGGAAAGUAGAUAUUUUCCUGAAGGUAAGAAAAUCGUAGGAAUUUAUGCUGAUUGGCUGGAAGAUGAGGACGAUGAUGGUUGCAGCUAAAAAGAGGGACGGGCAUUGGCAUUACUAAUAUACACAAAGCGGUAUAUCUAGAAGUUUAUGAUCUUGAAGUGUCACCCCGAAGGAAUGGAAAAUUAUGACCUCACGAUAGUUGAUGGCUUUUACUCUAAAUCACAAAGGGAAGUUCACUGAAAAGAAACUAAUGCUGAUGGUACUAUCGGCCUAUAG